UCUCUCUCUCUCUCUCUCUCUAAAAUUCCGUGACUAUUCACCCCGAAUCUAGAAAAAACCAGAAUUUCAGACAAACCCACUUUAACUCUUCAUGAUUCUUCUAAUGGGUUGUCCCGAAAACUAGCAAUGUCGUCACUUUCCUCUGAUUUUUCCGGCAUUGUCUGCGUAAAGUACUUCUUCCUAUUGCUCUGUUUCUCCGGCGUAUCCGUCACCGUCGAAAGCACUGAAUUCGAUUUCGGAACGUUAACUCUCGGUAGUUUGAAGCUCCUGGGCGACGCUCACUUGAGCAAUGGGAGCGUGAGGCUCACUCGUGACCUUGCUGUCCCUGACUCCGGUGCCGGCAGGGUUUUAUACUCCAAGCCAGUCAGAUUCCGGCAAUCGGGAAGUUCUACUCCGACUAGCUUUUCAACAUUCUUCUCCUUUUCCGUCACGAAUCUGAACCCGUCUUCGAUCGGCGGCGGGCUCGCUUUUGUCAUUUCGCCUGACGACGAGACCGUCGGCGACGCCGGCGGGUACCUAGGCCUCAUUGACGAGAAGGGUGCUCCAAACGGUGUCGUUGCGGUCGAAUUCGACACUCAAAUGGACGUAGAAUUCAAGGACAUUAACGGAAACCAUGUGGGUUUAGAUCUGAACUCGAUGGUCUCGUCACAGGUUGGUGAUUUGGGGAGUAUUGGUAUUGAUCUCAAAAGUGGUGACUUGGUCAACUCGUGGAUCGACUACUCCGGGUCGACUAGGAUCUUGACCAUAUUUGUCUCUUACUCCAAUCUUAAGCCCAAAGUCCCCUUCUUAUCGUUCAAACUCGAUCUUAAUCAGUACGUGAACGAUUUUAUGUUUAUUGGGUUCUCUGGGUCGACUCAGGGUAGUACUGAGAUUCACAGCAUUGAGUGGUGGAGUUUUAGUUCAUCUUCUGAUGCAAAUUCAAAAUCUGAAUCGUCCGCCCCACCACCACCAACGGCUAGUUUGGUGAAUCCAACGGCUAAUUCUUCGGCACCUUCUGAUUCUAAUAGUAACCCCACAUCACAAACCCUAGACCCACGGGCUAUGGCUGGUGUAGUAACAGCUGGGGCUGUGUUUUUAGCUUUGUUUGCUGUUGUUCUCAUCUGGGUAUACUCUAAAAAGUUCAAGCAUGUGAAAAAGUCUGAAUCUUUGGCUUCUGAAAUCAUCAAAAUGCCCAAAGAAUUUAGUUACAAGGAGCUUAAAUCAGCCACUAAAUGCUUCAAUUCAACCCGAAUUAUCGGGCACGGCGCGUUUGGGACUGUAUAUAAGGGUAUAUUACCGGUGACCGGCGGGGUUGUGGCGGUGAAGAGGUGUAGUCAUAGUGGUGGUCAAGGGAAGGCUGAGUUUUUAUCUGAAUUGUCCAUAAUUGGGACUCUUAGGCAUAGAAAUCUUGUUAGGCUUCAAGGUUGGUGUCACGAGAAAGGUGAAAUUUUAUUGGUAUAUGACUUGAUGCCUAAUGGGAGCCUUGACAAGGCAUUGUUUGAAUCAAGAAUGACCUUGUCCUGGCCUCAUAGGCAUAAAAUUUUGAUGGGCGUUGCUUCUGCUUUAACAUAUCUGCAUCAAGAAUGCGAAAAUCAGGUAAUUCACAGGGAUGUGAAGAGUAGUAACAUAAUGUUGGAUGAAGGAUUCAAUGCAAGAUUAGGCGAUUUCGGGUUGGCCCGGCAAAUCGAGCACGAUAAAUCGCCGGACGCGACGGUGGCAGCCGGAACAAUGGGGUACUUGGCUCCAGAAUACUUGUUAACAGGAAGGGCCAGUGAGAAAAGUGAUGUGUUUAGCUAUGGAACUGUGGUUCUUGAAGUGGCUAGUGGAAGGAGGCCUAUUGAGAAAGAGGUUGGUACCAAUUUGGUGGAAUGGGUUUGGAGUUUGCAUAGAGAAGGGAAGUUGUUGGUGGCUGUUGAUUCAAGGCUUGGAGGAGAGUUUGAUGAGGGAGAGAUGAGGAGGGUGUUGUUGGUUGGGUUGGCUUGUUCUCACCCUGACCCAAUGGCCAGACCAACAAUGAGGGGUGUGGUCCAAAUGCUUGUGGGUGAGACUCAAGUCCCUAUUGUGCCAAGAGCUAAGCCUUCAACGAGUUUCAGCACUUCUCAUCUGCUAUUGAGCUUGCAGGAUAGUGUGUCUGAUUUGAAUAGUGUGUCGUCCUCAUCAGAACAUAGCCACACUGGUGGUGUUGAACUAGUCUAAUUUAAACAGUAUUUAUUAGAAACUCAUAUAUAGUCUAUUCAUUUGUUCAAUUAUGUAUGAAAUUGUAAAAAUAAUAAAUACAUUAAUACAUGAAAUGUAUGCACAAGGUUUGGAGAAUCAGGCGCUCAUUUUCGUGUUGUCCAAUCAUCAGUGCCAAUAGACGAGCAUAAAUGGUGGAUGUCGUUUUCUUGCUUUUGGACGGAAUUUUUUAUUUUUAUUUUUAUUUUUGUGUGUGGGUUGUUGUGUUUACACUUGCCUCAAAAGAAUGGAGGUUUUGUGCGGUGACAAAUGACAAUAGCAAUGCAUAUUGAUAUUGAAAUAUUGAUUAUCAACUUUCCGCAAUAUGGUGUCACUAAAUUACUUUUUAAGAGGUGGAAUAGAGUAUUGAUAUUGAA